CUAAUCCAUUCACUAUUGAAGUGUCUUCUGUAAUUUAGUGUCAUUAGUUUUAGUUUCACAAUAUUUUAAUCAUAUCAUUAAAAACAUGUUAAUCAACAAGAUACUUUUUUUUCAGUAAAUUAAAAAUUGUUAAUGUUUUAUUUUGAAGGAAAAACUCCACCUUCGAUGAAUUCCUCUCCUGGUAAGAUUCAACUACUCCAUUCACUAUUGAAGUGUCUUCUGUAAAUUAGUGUCAUUAGUUUUAGUUUCACAAUAUUUUAAUCAUAUCAUUAAAAACAUGUUAAUCAACAAGAUACUUUUUUUUCAGUAAAUUAAAAAUUGUUAAUGUUUUAUUUUGAAGGAAAAACUCCACCUUCGAUGAAUUCCUCUCCUGGUAAGAUUCAACUACUCCAUUCACUAUUGAAGUGUCUUCUGUAAAUUAGUGUCAUUAGUUUUAGUUUCACAAUAUUUUAAUCAUAUCAUUAAAAACAUGUUAAUCAACAAGAUACUUUUUUUUCAGUAAAUUAAAAAUUGUUAAUGUUUUAUUUUGAAGGAAAAACUCCACCUUCGAUGAAUUCCUCUCCUGGUAAGAUUCAACUACUCCAUUCACUAUUGAAGUGUCUUCUGUAAAUUAGUGUCAUUAGUUUUAGUUUCACAAUAUUUUAAUCAUAUCAUUAAAAAUAUGUUAAUCAACAAGAUACUUUUUUUUCAGUAAAUUAAAAAUUGUUAAUGUUUUAUUUUGAAGGAAAAACUCCACCUUCGAUGAAUUCCUCUCCUGGAAAAACUCCACCUUCGAUGAAUUCCUCUCCUGGGAAAAUUCCACCUUCGAUGAAUUCUUCUCCUGGAAAAAAUCCUCUUUCGAUGAAUUCUUCUCCUGCCAAAACUACUCCUGCUAUGGAUUCUUCAUCUGGUAAAAUCCCACCUAUGAUGGAGUCUUCUGAUAAUACUGGUCCAGCGAUGAAUUCCCCUUCUGGAAAAAUGCGCCCGGCCAUGAUGGACUCUCUUUAUGGAUCUCGUGUUUAUUCUGGAGCAAUACAUCCUGUUCCAAAGAAAAUUCAUUCACGCAGAAACAGUCCUACGGCUGGCAAAACUCGUCCGGCUAUGAAUUCCCAAUCUGGAAAACCUCGUCCGGCUAUGGAUUCCCAGUCUGGGAAAGGCAGUCCUGAGAUGAAUUCGAAUCCUGGGAAAGGCAGUCCUGAGAUGAAUUCGAAUCCUGGAAAAGGUAGUCCUGAGAUGAAUUCUAAACCUGGAAAAGGUAGUCCUGAGAUGAAUUCUAAACCUGGAAAAGGUAGUCCUGAGAUGAAUUCUAAACCUGGAAAAGGGAGUCCUGAGAUAAAUUCCAAUCCUGACAGAUCUAGUUCUGAAAUGGAUUCCCUUUAUGGUUCUCGUGUUUAUUCUGGAGCUAUACAUCGUAAGUAUGCAUUUUGGUUUGGGAUAUUAAUAGAAAACAAAUCUAAAUGCGAUUUUUUUCUUAAUAUGUCACAGAAUAAUCUGUUGUUUUAUAAUGGCACUUGCCAGGGACAAGCUCUCUGA